UAUUUUUGAAAGACAUCGGGUCAAACUCGAGUUAUGAUGCAGAAUGGUCUGUGCAAUAUCGCUUCACCAGUAAACGGGUUUGUCCUCAAAUGAAAAAGGGAAGCCGAAAGCCAGUGAACAAAUUACACGAAAAAGUUUGUCCAAGACUCCCAAGGCUUCAAACGUUCCUUCGUCUGCAUAAUUCUUAGUGCACACGUAUUGGCUGACGUCUGGAAGCCUCUUGAUGGCGUCACCAUAUACAUCAAUGCUUCCCAAUCAGCCAUUCGACGACACUGACACGCUCCAAAGUCCAAACUAAGAUCUCGACAAAAGAAAAACCCCUAUAAAUCAGAAGAAAAUACGGCAAGGGAACCAUACCUCUCCAAACUGCAACAAUGGCUGAAGAAGUGAAGCUGUUUGGUGCAUGGGGAAGCCCCUAUAGCCGCAGAAUUGAAUUGGCCCUGAAGCUGAAAGGACUUCAAUUUGAAUACAUAGAAGAGAACUUGUACAAUAAGAGUCCUGCGCUUCUCAAGUAUAAUCCAGUUCACAAGAAAGUCCCUGUGCUCGUACACAAUGGAAAGCCGGUUGCAGAGUCACUUGUCAUCCUGGAGUACAUUGAUGAGACCUGGAAACACAACCCCUUCUUGCCUACAGACCCUUACGAAAAGGCCAAGGCACGGUUCUGGGCUAGGUUCAUAGAUGAGAAGUUCUGGCCGGCAGCAAAAAAGGCUAUGGCGAGUAGGGGAAGGGAGCGAGAGGAAGCGAUUGAAGAAGCUCAGCAGCAUCUGAAAACCCUUGAGAGUGAGCUGAAAGAGAAGAAAAUCUUUGGAAGGGAGAGUUUGGGAUUUGUAGACAUAGCUGCGCAUCUUUUGUUUUGGCUUGUUGUUGCCCAAGAAGCCUUUGGAGUGGAGAUCCUAACUGAGGAGAAGUUUCCCGCCGUGCAUGAAUUGUAUCAAAGGCUCGCAGAUGAGGCUGUUUUCAAGGAAUGUAUGCCACCAAAGGAGCAACUCAUUGCCUAUCUUAAAGUUCGGUUGGGAGCCUGGACUGCUUCCAAAUGAAGAGUUGGUUUAUGUACGUGUCUGAGUUGAUGGGAGAGGAACCUCUUUCUUCUCAUCUACGUAUGUCAAAGUCCUGUAUUUUGAAGUUGUAUCAUGAGCUUUGUCCCGUUUGUGGGUAUGAGAACUUAAAAAUAAAUUGGAGAAGUACUGCACUAAAUGGUACUACGAGGAAGAACACUCCAGCAUUGCUCCUUAAUAAUAGCAUUUCAAUUCUAUGUACAUCGACCUCUAGAUUAGAUUAAUAAAGAUUUGGAUAUAGAGAUGCUUAUGAAAGAGCAGCAUGGCUUGGUUCUGGUUCAGUUCAUGGAUAUGAGAGAAUGUAAGUGACGUUGAGCCUCAACUCUAAUGCUUUAAGGUUGUGUUUUGAAUU